GAAGUUUGACAGAUUAGUGGCAAGUUUCCACAUCAAGUGGAGACAAAAUAGAAUAGAAAAUGCCUCCAUUUUGUUUAUUUUCUAAUGUGAGAAGUCUAGUGUCGGCAUCGUGUUAUUGUGGUAUAUAAGUAAAAUUUCCAUUCUAUAAUUGGCGAUAAUAGUCUAAUACGUAAUUAGCAAACGUAUAUAUGUUUCUCGUGCGGUUCCCUCGCGCAGAGGGUGUAAAAAGUAGCAGACAUUGGGCGCAUCGCGAGUAAGCACUUUGUCAAAUUGACUACUUCGGUCUCCGGGACGAAAACCAAUCCGUAUAAUAGCAAUAAUACUGGUUAUCGCGUAGUCUCGGCUGACAAACAGGCGACAUUAAAUUCGAAAAAGGGUAAAAGUGCAUUUGGCAAAGACAAAACUGCACCCCUUGAAUCGACUACCCCAAUAAUGAACCACGUAACCGGGAACUAUCGGCGGAACGAGGAUAAUCCUCAGAACAAUCAGAACGACGUUGAAGAGAUGGAUACUCAAGAUGUUAAUACUAUGGAUUACAUCACAGACACUGGAGGAGGCGAGAUGGAUCAGUCUCAAAAUGGCGAGGUGAUCAUAGGACCUCAAUUGGAGUCAAGCAUGGCUGUUCAAGACGCUGACAUGAAGGAAGAUGAAGCGCGCAGUGAAGCCACUUUCAGAUUCACAGUUCCUAACUUUAGCAAGUUAAAGGAAUCUACUUUGUCACCUCCAACAUUUGUCCGCAAUUUGCCAUGGAAAAUUAUGGUGAUGCCGCGUAGCAGUCAUAGCCAAGAUCGCACUUCCCAGCGAUCAUUAGGGUUCUUUCUUCAGUGCAAUGGUGAAAGUGAAUCCAGUUCUUGGUCUUGCUAUGCAAUUGCAGAACUGCGGCUCAUAUCAGUUAAGCCAGAAGUACCAACCUUUUCAAGAAAAAUUCAGCAUCUGUUUUAUUCGAAGGAAAAUGAUUGGGGUUUUUCACACUUUAUGACAUGGAGCGAUGUUCUUGAUCCUGAGAAAGGCUACAUCAAGGAUGAUGCAAUAACUUUGGAGGUACAUGUUGUUGCUGACGCUCCGCACGGGGUUUCCUGGGACAGCAAAAAACAUACUGGUUACGUAGGAUUAAAGAAUCAAGGAGCAACCUGCUACAUGAAUUCUUUACUGCAAACACUGUAUUUUACCAAUCAGCUUCGAAAAGCCGUAUAUAAAAUGCCCACAGAGUCGGAUGAUUCCACGAAAUCUGUAGCUUUAGCUCUACAAAGGGUGUUUCAUGAAUUACAAUUUUGCGACAAGCCUGUCGGUACCAAAAAACUAACAAAAAGUUUUGGAUGGGAAACGCUUGAUUCCUUUAUGCAGCAUGAUGUUCAGGAGUUCUUGAGGGUACUUCUUGAUAAGUUAGAGAGCAAAAUGAAAGGCACAUGUGUUGAAGGAACUGUUCCAAAACUGUUUGAAGGCAAAAUGUUAUCUUAUAUUCGAUGUAAGAACGUGGACUAUUCAAGUACCCGAUCAGAAACUUUUUAUGAUAUCCAGCUGAAUAUCAAAGGAAAGAAAAAUAUAUAUGAGUCAUUCAAAGACUAUGUAGCAAAAGAAACACUCGAAGGCGACAAUAAGUAUGAUGCUGGAGAACAUGGGCUUCAAGAAGCUGAAAAGGGAGUUAUAUUUUCGAAUUUUCCUCCCGUACUGCAUUUACACUUAAUGCGUUUUCAAUAUGAUCCAGUGACUGAUUCCUCUGUGAAAUUUAACGAUAGAUUCGAAUUCUAUGAAAAAAUUCAUUUAGAUGAUUUUUUACAAGAACAAGAUCCGAAUGAUCCAGCAAAUUAUACCUUGCAUGCGGUACUCGUUCAUAGCGGUGACAAUCAUGGUGGACAUUAUGUGGUUUUUAUUAAUCCACGAGGUGAUGGUAUAUGGUGCAAAUUUGAUGAUGACGUUGUAUCGCGUUGUUCAAAAAUGGAAGCAAUUGAACACAACUACGGAGGGCAUGAGGAAGAUAUCACUAUGAUGAAUGUGAAACACUGCACUAAUGCGUAUAUGUUAGUUUACAUAAGGGACUCUGAAUUACCAAAUGUACUGCAAGAGGUGACGGAUGUCGAUAUUCCCAGUGAACUCGCUGAUAGACUCGCUGAAGAAAAACGAAUGGAGCAAGUAAGACGUAAAGAAAGAACUGAAGCCCAUUUAUACAUGACAAUCCAGGUACUUUUAGAAGAUCAGUUCGAUGGCCAUCAAGGUAAUGAUUUGUAUGAUCCUGAGCAUGCUCAAUUUCGCGUCUUCAGAAUUCGGAAAUUGGCCACUGUGGCUGAAAUGAUGGAAAUGUUAGCAGAUGCGUUCAAAUAUCCGCCGGAGCAAAUCCGUCCUUGGCCUUUUUCUCAGAGAUCAAACCAGACUAUCAGACCAGUUGCUUUGGAUGUUGAAGCUGAUCUCCACAAACCCGUUGCGGACGUAGCUGAAAUAGUCAGCCCUUGGAACAUAUUUUUAGAGCUUCUUCCUUCUGAUUCGGGAUUAAAUGUUCUCCCCACGUUUGAUAAGGAUUCCGACGUAAUGCUUUUCUUCAAGAUGUAUGAUCCUAAACAGAAAAAAAUUCAUUAUUGCGGACAUGCAUAUGUACCGGCGGUCAGUAAGUUUGGGGAUUUGUGUCCCUUACUCAAUGAGAGAGCGGGUUUUGCUCCGGAUACUGAACUCUUACUCUAUGAGGAAAUUCGGCCUAAUAUGAUAGAGAAAAUAUUAAAUUUCACCGAACCCAUAAAUAAGGUAUUGGAGGAAUUGAUGGACGGGGAUAUUAUUAUUUUUGAAAAAGAUGAUGGCGAUGUUAAUUCAGAUCUACCUACAUGUAUAGAUUAUUAUAAGGACCUUUUCUACCGUGUAGAAGUUACGUUUGUAGAUAAAACAAUUCCAAAUGAUCAAGGUUUCACCAUGGAGUUAUCACAAAGAAUGACAUAUGAUCAAUUUGCUAGGGCGGUUGCACAGAGAGUAGGAACAGAUCCUUAUUUAUUACAGUUUUUCAAAUGUCAAAGCUAUAAAGAUAGCCCAGGAAAUGCAUUGCCUUGUACAUUUCAAGGAACAUUGAAAGAAUUAGUUGUUUUUAGUAAACCUAAAGUUCCGAAAAAGAUAUUCUAUCAGCAGCUAAGCAUUCGAGUAAAUGAAUUAGAGAAUAAAAAACAGUUUAAGUGUCUUUACGUCGGCCCUUACAUGAAAGAAGAAAAAGAGCUAAUUUUAUAUCCCAACAAGAACGGUACAGUGGCGGAUCUCUUAGAUGAAGCUAAGAAACAAAUUGAAUUUAGUGAAGAUAGUUCUGGGAAAUUAAGGCUAACGGAAAUAAACUGUAACAGAUUGAACAUGGGGCCGAAGGAGGAUGUUCCUUUAGAAUCCUUAGCUGCGACGAAGAUCUAUAGAGUGGAAGAAAUACCUAGAGAAGAACUAGUUCUAUCAGACGAUGAAAUGUUGGUGUCUUGUGCACAUUUUCACAAGGAUGUAUUUUCGACAUUUGGUAUCCCUUUCUUGAUCAAAAUUAAGCAAGGAGAACCGUUUAGCGUAGUGAAAGACCGUAUCCAGAAAAAAUUGGCUGUGCCUGAAAAGGAAUGGGAGAAGUUCAAAUUUGCUAUAGUGUCACUGGGCCGAGCCCAAACCAUUUCGGAAGAUGAAUAUGUAGUUAAGAUAAGUGACUUUCGGCCAUCUCCUUCACAAGUGACAAGCCCGAAACCUUGGAUAGGUUUAGAUCAUGUGAAUAAGGCUCCGAAACGAACCAGGUUCAAUUACCUUGAAAAAGCUAUCAAGAUAUAUAACUGAUAUUAGACUGAGGGUACAGGAGGGAGCAGAAAUCACGCCGUUGACAUCGUGUUAAGCAGUCAUAAGUUGUGGCUUUCAGUAUUGUUGCCAAUCUCUUAAUUUGUAAUCCGAUUGUUAACUAUUUCUACUUGGCAAAAUUAGUUCUCUAUAAAUUUCAUUUAAAAUUAAAGAACACCAUUAUGGAGCGCUUUAUUUUAAAUUCUUCAUUCUAAACUUUCUAUUCAACAUUUCUUGUUCAUCAGUUUUGAUAAGCUGGAAGAAGUUAAAUUCAAUUGAGUAUGAAAAUAGUACGAAUUCUAGCGCAGUCGGGUGUUUCAUGUAAAUGUUGAGUAAUGACCAUCAACGGAUGUUUAGAUUUAUAAAAUCGCGUGUUUCACACGUUCAAGAUUCUUUUAUUAGAAACGACCAUAUUAUUUAAAUUAUUGAAGUUAUUUGAAAUAAUCGACGGCUAAAGUAAUUCUAUGAAUUCAUCGUUUCUAGACACAAUUCGUUUAGAAAUUGUAUAUAGUUUUAGCGUGUUUUAUGGAUCUAAUUUCAUCAUAAUUUUUCAUAUUGAACGAAGCAGUACCUGAUUUUUUUUAUUUUAAAGAAACCUAUUACAAUUGGCAAUUAUUCAUGAUUUACAUAUGAUUUAUAUAAUCCAAUCGAAGGUCUCGAAACAGUUAUUGCUUAAUCUGAUGAAUUGAGAACUAAAAACGAACAAAUUCGGGGUUGUUAUUUGUUUAAUGCAAAGGCAAAAUCGUCGUAAUGGAACACCAGGAACACUGACAAUAUUUUAAACAGUAAAAAUUGUGUUUUUAAUAUUUGGUAGGCCGGACAGGAUUAACUUUAACUGCACGUAUUGAAGCACCUACAAAUAACGUGACGCGCAAAAACUAAUUUUGCCAAAAUAUUUAAAGUCUAGGGUGUGAGUAUGUUGCUUCAAUUUAUAGUUAACGUUAUUUUCAGAUGACUUGUAAACCCUGCAGUUAUAAUAGUUCUUGUAAAUAAUAUUUAUUGGACCGAUAUGUCCUGUUUAAAAUUAUAUCUACGGAAAUAUUCACCUGUUAAAUAUGUUUUGAGUUUUUCACUUACUUAUUAAUUAUGUCACAUUUCGGAGGAUUUUUAAAUUGUUGUUUUAUAUGAAUUAUUACCCAGAUUGGUUGCAAAAUUCUGCGGAUUUAGAUGCCAAUUCUAGGUAAUAUUAAAAAUACAAAUUUGGCUUUCAAGUCAAAUGUUUUUUUAUUUACAAAAUGCCUCAUUUUGUAUGUUGUAUAAAACGCGUCUCCGGUUUCUCCGUUUUGCAUAUUAACACGAAACAUCUCUCCCUUUCUAAUUUUAAAUACAUGAUUUGGUAUUUUGCGUAUUGCUUUUUUAUGAUGCAAUAUUGGGGGAUUUAAAUCAUAGCAAUUUUUGAAUAGGUACGAUUUGGCCCUGAAAGUUGGAUGGCUCAUUUGAACACUAGUAAGCAUUUAAUUCUUCGGACAAAAUCUAAGUUCUCGUUCUUGCUGUUAUAUAUUAAUAUAAUAAACAGUUUGCAAUCAUUUCUUCAAAUGACAACUUUUUUAGACAUUUUUUCGAUAUGAUCGAGAUAUAUUUUAGUCAAAUACUCUGUACUAAAUUUUAUCUGCAUUUCUAUAUUGAGUGAUUUGUUAGCGUGAAAUCGGUUCCUAGUUGUUCAAGCUCGGCAAACGCACCAAAUCCUCUUUUGGUAUUUGGUAAGUUAGUUUAACUUACCGCUUUUACAAAAUCAUUUUAUCCCGUUAUAAACCGAUGACGCACUAUUGAGUCAUGAGUCACAUUGAGUAUAAAGGAGGAAAAACAUAGGGAUAAUACAUUUUCAAUGAUUAUUAACGAUAUUAACAAAUGUAUUGUUUGUUUAAAAUGUUUAAAAUUUUUAAAAUUUCAAAUGUUUAAAAUAUAAUUGUACAUAAUACUCGAUAUAAAUCAUUAGUGUCGUUGGCUUUAAUAUUUAAAAAUGGUCGGUGAUAUCUUUAAAUAACUAUUUAUCUAACAUUUAAUUCCCUCAAGAUGCUCGAACGUUAUCCAAAACAUCAUGUAACCGAGAAAUUUAUAAAUAUUAUGCAGCUUUUACUUUGUAAAAAUUGUAUGAAACUGUAUUGUAUUUAUUGUUCAAAUGUCAUGUAUAUUUCAUUAUGUAUUUGUUGAAGAUGAUCCAGCUUAAGUAAAAAGUAUUGCAAUAAAUUAUGUGAACAAAA